CGCUAAGAUCUGUGCUGGAUAUACGAUACCCCUCCGGCGGUCCUGUCCGAUUCGUGUCUUUCUACGGAUUUCGAUAUGUGAAGGGCCGUCUGCUUAUCAGGAUAAAUCGGGUGCGGAAAGACUUCCUUUGGAGUUCCUGGUUUCCGAUUUGAGUUGCAUUUGGAUCUGCCGAAGUCAAAUCGACUUGUUUGUCGAAUGCGCAAGUGGUUACUUUUGGCGUAGAAGACUCGAUCUUUUUCAGAAGGUGCGCAGUUUCGACGAUAAAAUUCGACCUUUGGGGAUGGAAACUGUAUUUGUGGUCGGACCGCAUCGGAGUAAAUAUUACAGCAGAGGCAAAUCACAGCCUUCGAGAGACUUUGGAGGGUUUAGCUGCCGCACAUUUGAGUCUGCUGCUAGAGUUAUGCCCUCAUCCUGCUCUCGAUUGAGCUAUUGCUAUGACCACGUUGAGCCAAAAUCUCCCAGCUAUUACACGGACCAACAGCAAAAACAAAGAAGGAAGAGGAAAACCAUUUCACUGAACACCCCGCCUUCUCCAAAAGGAGACGCCUUUAGUGAAAAGACAUUUUACUCUGAACGGUGGGCAGGUCCUGCCUACUCAAAUUCACCUCCUCCCAGUUCUUUACCUAUCCCUACAUUUUCCCUUCGCCAAAAGCGUAGUGUUUCUCUGGAACUUCAAAUUCCGAAAUCUGAUGUUGUGCUUCACUCUCUCUCGAAAUCUGCACCAUCUUCUCCAACUAGAGAGUCCCCUUCAUCUGCCGGUUGUAGUUGUUCCCUGUUCUCUCUAGUUCGUCGCAUUUGGGUGUGCCAUCUUCAGUUCCUACAUCUUAGUAAGCUAUGUUUUCCGGUCACUAGAUGAUUAAGCUGUGGCAGUAUGCUUAUUCCUCAACCAGGCCAAGGGCUGUGCCUGUCGGAGAUCGACACGGAAGCCCAGUAAUUGGUGAUAGUGGAUGAAGAAAUGUUUCUGUUAAUGGUAUUUGCUUUUGAAGUCCAUAGUUUGUUGUGGAUAAUGCUUCUGAGCUUGGCUUAAUUAACUUUCGAAAGCACUUGGAUUUUAAACAAAUGCUUGUAUAUAACUUAGUUAAUAUUGCCAUCUCUUGUAUUUGCAGUUCUCGUAGUGUAUAAUUUGAAUAUUACUAACAGUGCAACGUUGAAUAGCUUGAUCAAGUAAGAUGUAUUGAAUGUAUGAGAUGAAUGAAUCGUUUCAAUCGUUCUGUAA